GUUCCUUGGUGAACAUUUUACUUACUACUUAGAGGUUAAAACAUGACCCCACAAUGUCAGCUCAUCCCCUCCCUGCUGCUAUUUUGACACACACUUUUAUAUAUAAUAUUAGAUAUAAUUAAUUAUUAUAAUAAUAUUUAAUUAGAUAUGAUAUUUGACGUCUCUUUUUUUUCCAGUUCGAAAUGAACGGUAUUUCCGUCACUCAAUAACACCCCGCUGUUCUGUUAUCACAAAGUAAUUAAAAUACCACAUUCACCACCUAAACCCUAACCCUAUGAAUUAGUUUUUUCCGAGGACGCAGUAUAAAGUAAUAACAUGUCUCCAAAAGCAAUACAGAUUAAAAUAGCAGCGGUUUAGUUUUCACACAACAUGUAAAGAAUAAAACUCUCAGGUGGUUUUGUGUCACACAGUGCACACCAGGUCGUGUUCUUUCUGACAUCCAAGACGUGCUUCCUUCAUUAUGGAUAAACACCAACGUCUCUCUCUCUGUGCUGUGGACAGGCCGGGAUUGUCAAACCCUAAAAAAGACAGAUGAGACGCAUCCCCCCUGGGCAAAGGGCGUUAAGAGUGUGUGAACUCCUCCUUUUGUGUGUGUGUGUGUGUGUGUGACAAAGAAUAUACGUGUGAUAAUAUGUGUGUGUGUGUUUGUGUUUGUGUUUGUGUAUGCAUGGGAGUGCGCCGCCACGGGGCGCUGGCGGACAGACAGGAGGAGGGGUUUCUUCACUCGUAGGUCCGGGUCACUUCACGAAACGGUCGCUGUCAGUUGUCUGAACCGGGCGUUGAACGUGUGUCAAACCGAGGACCAGCAGCAUGGAUGGGAUCUGGGCUCUGGUUGUGUGCGCAGGAGUUGUGUGUUCGGCCGUGCCCGGUUGGACCCAGGACUCAUCCAGGACAUUGUUUCUGAUCUCAAGUCCAGAGGUGGUGCAUGCUGGGACACCCACUUCGCUGGCUAUCACUGUCCUUGCUGACUUCCCUGGCAGGGUGACUGCUGAGGUGGCACAUGGAAACACCAGAGUUGCCCAAACAGAGGACUUCCAAGGAGGGUUGACCAGCGUUCUCACACUGCCUCCUAUUCUUGGAACGACAACUGCGGAUUCCCCCUUAAACUUGACGGUGAGGGGCUACCGAGAGAACAAUCUCAUUUUCACCAACACCUCAACCCUCCGCUUCAGCCCCAGGAAUGUCUCCACCUUCAUUCAAACGGACAGAUCACGCUACCAACCAGGCGACACCGUCAAAGUCAGAGUUGUGUCUGUACAGCUGGAUAACCGUCCGUACAAAGGCCGAGUGGAUAUCUCGAUACAGGAUCCCAGAGGGAACAUUGUCGACAGGUGGGAAUCCACAGGGAACCUGGGGAUUGUGUUGUGGGAAUUCAGUCUAUCCCAGACCAUCCCAAAUCCUCUUGGACAGUGGGUGAUCACAACCACAAUCAACGGCGUCAUUGAUGCGAGAGCCUUUACUGUGGAGCAUCACGAGCAUCCUCACUUCGAAGUGCUUCUCAAGACGCCUUCACAGGUCCUCGUUGGAGAUGACAUAUCAGGAUCAGUGAGAGCCCUGUACCCAAGUGGACAACCUGUGCAUGGAACACUAACUGUCUCGGUCACUCUGGUGCCCGAUGCUGCAUCACCAAUCACGCUAACGCAAACUAAAUCGAUCUAUGGGUCAACACAGUUUUCCUUCAGCAACGCUCUGCUUGAAGGAAAUAGUGGCGGUGUACAUGUUGCUGUCUGUGUCACUGACAACUCCUCAGGAGUUAGCGUGAAGCAAACUGUUGAGGUCCAGCGCACGAGGAACACUUUCCAGCUGGCGUUCCAUGAUUCGGCCCCUACACUAAAGCCGUCUUUACUCUUCGCUACGAAACUAAGGAUCUCUAGAUAUGACAGAAAGCCGCUCGGCGCACAGGAUCUGACUCACUCUGCUGUGAUUGAAGUCACUCAGACGACAUCCACGAUGAAUACUGAAGCUACAACUCUGACACUUGCAGUGCCGGAGGACGGGAACAUCCACGUUCAGUUCAAGUUACAGGAGCGAGUCGGGAGGCUUUUUAUCAGGGCAAGGUUCCAAUCCAGUGAGGAGACUCUGACUGUCGACAUCAACCACUCGUCUCCGAGUGGCUCCUACAUACAGAUCUCCCCAAACGACACCUUACCUGCACAGAUUGGAUUGCCUCUUCAGAUCGAUGUGAAGAGCACCUUUCAAACAACUAACCUGCACUUUGUGGUGAGCUCUAGAGGUCAAGUGGUGGCCGCUGGGACAAAGAAUGCCUCCUCUUUUUCUCUGACCCCAACAGUGUCCUGGUCCCCUGAGGCCUGCGUCACUGUCUACUGCAUCCUCUCUGACGGAGAGGUCACCAUGGACACAGUGUACAUCCCCAUCAACCAACACAACUAUGGCUCUCUGAGCUGGAGCACUGACAAGGCUCAGCCGGGUGAGCAGGUAUCGCUCACCGUGACGGGGCUGGAGCCGAGAUCCAAGUUGGGAAUCGUGGUGAUGGGGGCGCAUGAUGACGCUCCGCAGGCUCACCUCGACUUAAAAGUGGAGCAGGAAUGUAAUAUUAGGAUGCUGACCAAUGCCAGACUAUAUCAGAAAAAGAAGCCUGAUGGACCUGAACAAGACAGAGAUGACCUCACGGUAGAUAAGUAUUGGAGCCAUUGGAUGGAUGCCACUGAAUCCUUGCUAUGGUUCGACACUAGUGUUACUAAUCAAACGUGGACCAGUGGGAACAUAGCGGUGCCAGAUGGCGUUGCGUCUUUGAGAGCUUUUGCACUGGUGAUGUCGGACACCCUGAGCCUGAAAUUCACUCCUGUGCCACAAAAGCUGACCGUGUCCAAAGAUUUUUCCUUGACUCUGGAUUUCCCAUCAUACCUAAUCAGAGGAGAGGAGAUUGUGCUGGAGGUGAACAUCAUCAACCAUUUAGAGCAUGACAUAGAGGUAAUUGUUCUGUUAGCCCAGAGUGAGGCCUUCGAGUUUGUUUUGGCAGACAAAGGGGAUGCCUCUGUGGUAAAUGCCCAGAAACUCACCAUGGGGAGUCAUGUGGCUGCUUCAGCGCUGUUCCCUAUAAGGCCUGCAGGUCUGGGAGAGAUGGAAAUAUCUGUGGAUGCCGUAUCCGCGGAGGCCUCAGACAGCCUUGUUUGGAGAGUGCUUGUAAAGCCUGAGGGAGUUGAACAGUCCUUCACAGAGAAUCUGUUCCUGGAGAUGGCACCAACAAAAUACAACAGCUCCAGAUCCGUCUCCUUCUCCUUUCCACCAGAUGUGGUAGCGGGCAGCCAGAGGGCCCAUGUGACAUUGGUCGGUGAUAUCUUGGCCUUGUCCAUCAGCAACUUGGAUUCUCUGGUUCAGAUGCCUCUUGGUUGUGGGGAGCAGAACAUGAUCCACUUUGCUCCAUGUGUUUAUGUUCUCCAGUACUUGGACAAUUUAAUUGGCAAUAAAGAGAUCAAGAACAGGGCUCUGGGCUACAUGAUGGAAGGAUAUCAGAGACAACUGUCCUACCAACGAGACGAUGGUUCAUUCAGCGCUUUCGGAGCCAGCGACACCUCUGGUAGCACAUGGUUGACGGCCUUCGUGCUGAGGUGCUUCCUCCAGGCUCAGCGCUACAUGCAGGUAGACCAGAGUGUCCUGACCAGAGCCAUGACGUGGCUCUUGAAGCACCAGGGGCCCCAGGGUGAGUUCAGUGAGGUGGGCAGGUUGAUCUCCACGGAGAUGCAGGGAGGACUGGAUGGUGGUUCAGUGGGACUCACUGCCUACGUACUGAUGGCACUGCUGGAGGACGACAGCUAUGCGGAAAUGUACCCGGGCAAUGUGUCCCUGGCUCAGAGGUACCUGGAGAACAAAGUGUCCAGUCGCGCGGUGGUCAGUAACUACAGCCUGAGUCUGGUGGCCUACGCCUUAGCUCUGGCCAGUAGUCCUGUGGCGGGCGCUGCCCUGGAUGAGCUCAGCAGGAGAGCCGACUACAGAGAUGGAGUCAUGACGUGGGCAUCCUCUGCUGGCCUGGAGUCACAUGACUGGCAGACGCGCUCGGCACAGAUCGAGAUGGCCUCUUAUGUGCUGCUGGCUCUUUACCGGCGUGGCAGCUUGGUGGAGGCCAUUGAACUGUUGAAAUGGUUAAGCAAGCAGAGAAACCAUUUGGGAGGCUACGGGACGACACAGGACACGGUGGUGGCCCUCCAAACCCUGGCUUUUUACGCGGCAUUCAGCGGCGCCAACGCCAUCGACCUCCGGCUCAACAUAUCUGCUCCGGCGUCUUCAUUUGUGUCACUUUUUAGCAUCAACUCCAGCACCUAUCUGACGUGUCAGCGCCAAGAGAUCAAUUCUGACAAAGAUCUAAACCUACAUAUAUACAUGGAGGGAAGAGGAUUUGCAAUAUUUCAGAUGAAUGUCUUUUACAACUUGGAGACCAAAGCUUUUUCACAGAAGCUGCAGCAUACCAAAGACGAGGAGGCUUUCUCAUUAAAUGUUGAUGUUACUGUUGAAAUGGACCACAAUCACAUGCUGUUAUCUAUAUGCACGGGGUUAAAGGACAGUCAGGUGAUCUCUCAUACGGGCAUGGUUAUAUUGGACGUGGGCAUGCUCAGUGGUUUCAGUCUCUCUCCUGGAGCUGCUGCCCCGACGGAUCUUAUCAGAAAUGUGGAGAUACUUCCUGAGAAAGUCAGCCUCUACCUAGAUACACUUAACAAGUCAGAGAUUUGUAUCAGACUUCCGCUCAUCAGAGAUUACAAAGUGGCUCGCGUACAGGAUGCUGUGGUGCAGGUCUACGACUACUAUGAACCCACGAGAAAGACUAUGAGAACCUACAACUCCGAUGCUCUGCACAACAUGAAUCUGUGCUUCUUCUGUGGUGAAAAGUGUGAUCUCUGUAGGCCGGGAAUCACCAUCACCGUGCUUUCUCACUCUGUGAGCAGCGCCACCUACGGCUUAAUUUGCAUAUGUCUUGGAGUCACUGCUUCUUUUAUGGUGUAGUCUAAUUAGAAUGAAUUAUAGCGAAGAUAUAAUUAGAUAUAAUUAGCACAAAUGUUAAUAUGCACUGGAUGCAGUCAAAUGUGUAUUUCUGGACAAGUGAUUGUAAUAUUUGGAGGCCUGUUUGCAUGCUGCUCUUUUGCUUAGUGCCUUCUACUGUUUAUGAAGUAUUUUGUUUUAUUUCUUGUAAGAAUUAAUGACGAAUUACUGUCUUUGGAA